AGAAAGGAAGAGAAUAAGAACAAUUAAAGAUAGGACCACCGAAAACAGAUUCUGCCUUUCAACUUGAAAAUUACUUGUUUGAGGCAGAUUUAUGGAUGCAGCUGCCAGAUACAACGGGCAUGAGUAAGCUUAGUCAUAGACGUGGCUUUAAUGUUGAUGGCUAAGCUCACUGUAUCAUAGCUUUUUAGAGUUAGACUUCAUCUUUGAAACCAUCUAACCUCCCUUUAAAUUUCUUCUGUAAUGUGGUAACCACAUUGUCAUUUGGUCUCUAGUGAGUGCAGGUGGCUAUAGAAAGAGCACUACUUGGCAGUGAUACUGUUUUUCCAGUGGUCAGUCAGCUUGAGUUUUUUUGGUCUUUGUUUUACUGAUUUACAAUCUACAGUCCUCUAACUUUGACUCUCUUGCUGUAGUUAUGCCUUUGGGAGAACAGAACAAGGCUCUUCUAUUUUUACAUGAUAGCCUUUCCUAUAUUUGAGGACACUUAUUUUGUUCCUAGCCAGGACCUUUAUGGAAAGAAAAUUCACAUCAAUCAAUCCUUGUGGGUGGUUUUCAAAGACCUGUUGUGGGCCCGGCUAUUUUGUCAUUCAAAGUAUAGUUCACCAGAUUGGAUGCAAUGGCCCGGGUUUAGCCAACUAGCCUAAAAAUAUAGACUUGAACAGUAGAUGGUGGCAUUAGCAUUUUAAGCUUCCAUAUUUACUUCUUUCUCAUAUUUGGUACAUAAUUUCUGUAGAGUCACUUUCCCGCCAUAUUUCCCAUUCUCUGCUAUGAUACUUGAUAUUCUGGGAGAAACAUGUAAAACUUAAACAUUUUUUUGUACUGUUUCUUUUAAUUUCUGAAAGUCAAGCAGUUACCAUGUUUUUCAUGUCCAUUUCUCGUCUGUGGUAUUAGCUUUCUUUCCAUGCCCCGUGCCAUCUAUAAAUUUGUAAGUACGUUUGUAUAAGUUGUUAUGUAAAUGCCAAAACGUGAGGGCCCCAGUCAGUGCCUUGUGAUCCACUAAUAGAUAUUUCAUUCUCAACACAAUGACUUCUUAACUAAAUGACUUAGGAUCCAAUUAAGUAGCAAAAUCUAUAUAAAUAAGAUUUUUCUCCUUGGCUACAACAUUGCUUGAAAAAUCUACCAACACUAAUUUAAAAAGAACUUGGAGAUUUUCCUUAAUUUGAUUUCUUAGAUCUAAAAGAACACUACAGUUAACUCAUUCUUUAGUUUCUCGUUUAUUUUUCUCUCAUUGUUUCCCAAAUAUGUUACUGGUGAAGUUAAGCUUAUUUGUAGCAAUUAAUAGUUCAUACAUUUGAGGAUACAUAUCUUGUUCUUAGCCAGGACUUUCUAGAAAGAAAAUUUACAUAAACUAAUCCUUGUGAGUGGUUUCUUUUUUCUUUUUUCUCACCCUUUCUUUCUUCGUGUUUCAAGAUGGAAGUAUCACACUAGUCUGCUGAAUAAGGAGAAAAUGUGUUUGAGAAAGCAGCUUUUAAGCCUGAUACAUAGAAAGGGAGAAUUGGAAGAAGAGUGGCUUAAAGAGGCCGGUUUGUCCAAUCUCUUCGGAGAGUCUGCUGGAGACCCACAGGAAAGCAUGGUGUUUUUAUCAACACUGACCCGGACCCAGGCAGCGGCAGUUCAGAAACGAGUAGAGAUGGUCUCCCAGACCUUGAGGAAAAGAAACAAACAACACCAGAUUCCUGACGUCAGAGACAUAUUUGCUCAACAGAGAGAAUCAAAAGAAACAGCUCCAGGUGGCACUGAAUUGCAGUCACUUAGAACAAAUGAAAACAAAUACCAAGGAAGAGAUGACCAGGCAUCUAACCUUGUUGUUGGUGAAAAGAAGCCGAUCCUACCUGAGGAGACACCUGCCUCUGAAACAGACAUCAACCUGGAGGUAUCAUUUGCGGAGCAAGCACUCAAUCAGAAAGAGAGCUCCAAGGAGAAAAUCCAGAAGAGCAAAGGCAAUGAUGCCACGUCACCUAAUUUCAGAGUGCCAAAAGACAAAACGGGUACCACAAGGAUUGGUGACCUCGCACCACAGGACAUGAAGAAAGUUUGCCCUUUAGCCCUAAUUGAGCUGACGGCCCUCUAUGAUGUAUUGGGUAUUGAGUUGAAACAACAAAAAGCUGUGAAAAUCAAAACAAGAGAUUCUGGUCUUUUUUGUGUUCCAUUGACAGUGUUGUUAGAACAAGAUCAGAGGAAAAUACCAGGAACGCGAAUACCCUUGAUCUUUCAAAAACUGAUUUCUCGAAUUGAAGAGGGAGGUUUGGAAACUGAAGGCCUCUUACGAAUUCCUGGAGCUGCCACUAGAAUCAAGAAUCUUUGCCAAGAACUAGAAGCAAAGUUUUAUGAAGGGACUUUUAAUUGGGAAAGUGUCAAACAGCAUGAUGCCGCCAGCCUGCUGAAGCUCUUCAUUCGGGAGUUGCCCCAGCCAUUGCUCAGUGUGCAAUAUCUGAAAGCCUUUCAGGCUGUCCAGAAUCUUCCAACCAAGAAUCAGCAACUACAGGCCUUGAACCUUCUUGUCAUCCUCCUACCUGAUGCAAACAGGGACACGCUGAAGGCCCUUCUUGAAUUUCUCCAAAGAGUAAUAGAUAAUAAAGAAAAAAAUAAAAUGACGGUCAUGAAUGUAGCAAUGGUCAUGGCCCCGAAUCUCUUUAUGUGUCAUGCAUUGGGGUUGAAGUCCAGUGAACAGCGAGAGUUUGCAAUGGCAGCUGGGACGGCAAAUACCAUGCAUUUAUUGAUUAGUUAUCAAAAACUUCUGUGGACAAUUCCCAAGUUUAUUGUAAACCAAGUGAGGGAGCAAAACUCGGGAAAUCACAGAAAGGAUAAAAGAGCCAUGAAGAAAUUGCUGAAGAAAAUGGCUUAUGACCGAGAAAAAUAUGAAAAGCAAGAUAAGAGCGCAAAUGAUGCUGACGUUCCUCAGGGAGUGAUUCGAGUACAAGCUCCCCAUCUUUCGAAAGUUUCCAUGGCAAUACAGCUAACUGAAGAACUAAGAGCCAGUGAUGUACUUGCCAGGUUUCUGAGCCAAGAAAGUGGGCUUGCCCAGACUCUCAAGAUAGGAGAAGUUUUUUUGUAUGAAAUUGGAGGAAAUAUUGGGGAACGCUGCCUCGAUGAUGAUACUUACAUGAAGGAUUUAUAUCAGCUUAACCCGAAUGCUGAGUGGGUUAUAAAGUCAAAGCCAUCGUAGAGGAUGUAACAAGCUGCAGAUAACCAUGUGGACUUCUAUAAUAAUUCUUGCUGAGUCAAAAGUGAAAAUAAAAGAAAUGGCAGGACUCUUACUAUGCAGCUGUACCCACCUAUUUAAGAGUGACCCUCUGAAGCCUUAAAAAGUCAUAGAUUUGUGCUGCUGCCAGAAUGAUAUUAAUUAUUAUUAAUGUUAUUAGAAAAAAAAAACUUCUGGAGUGAGAGUAAUGAGGCUUAAUUAGCUUAUGAGCAGUUGUCAUAUGCUCUGUGGGAUGUGUCCAGAUGUGACAUUAUUGUUUUUUAAAAUAUGUGAAAAUAUAUUCUCUUCCCACUUGCUAAAAUCAUAUAUACUGUAAUAAAUGCUCUCUCACCUCUAUUACCUCCUCACAUCUGCCCUUUGCCAGUUAGGUUUGCUUUUUGACCAAAAAGAUAACAAAUACCAGGUAUGGCAAAUUGUGAAGACAGCACAUUAAAGCAUACCUAAUUUCACAGUAUUCCUGUCAUGACAGAAUGUUAGUAUUCAUCUCUGAAUCAUUUGCUCAAAUGAUAGCAUUCCACUUUCUCCUGCUGUAUCACGGGAGGUGAUUUGCAUUUUUUUUUCAGUUCAGCUGACUUAUGUGCACAGAACUGUAUCAGCGAUCAAGAAAAUAGGAGUCAGAAGCUGCCAGUUAUUACUGAACCAUUAAAUACUUAUAUACUAAGGAUAAAUAAAAUAUACCUAUGUGAAAUAAUAACUGGAUUAUGGAUAACAACAGUGAAAGCCAAAGAACUUUCUGUCUGCUGUAUUCUUCUAAAUGGAAUUUUAAAAGUCAUAGCUGGCUCUGUGUGUUGUCAUAUUAGCAUUAUAAAUAUGCAUGAUAGUAUAAUCCAGUAAUGGUUGAAGAAUGUAUUUUACUAAAGAGGGAUUUUUUUAAAAAAACUCCUGAAUAAGUCUACUGGAAGAGUUACUCUUCUGAGUGAAUAAGCUUUUGUUUGUGUUCUUAUUUUAAAUAAUCAAAGUCAAUUUAUUAAAAUGUUGUGGAAAGUACUAUUCCCAGGGAUUUUAAUGCACAAACCAUAGUGUGACAAGAGAUAAGCCUCUGUACUGUAAAUAAGAGAAAUGAAAUAGAGAAAUGUUAAAUAUUUUAUGAGUUUAGAAUGUAGUAAAUAAAAGGUGAUGUAAAUGAAUGCUGCACAAAUGGUGUUUAUGAUACUUUGAGUAGUACUUUAGGAAAAAUUACACGUUCUCAGAAGCUCUUGAUGUCUCUAAUUGGGUGAGGAAAUGCUGUUAAUGAGAACAGUCAUAAAUUUUUAGCAUAUAAUUACAAGAACAGCCUGUGGAUAUGAUCACUUAAAUAGUUUUGUGGUGAUUCGUGCCAUUGAUUUUUUAUUUAAAAGAAAAUUUUGUAAUUAAAUGCCUUUUUCUAAAUUA